AUGCAGGUCAGACUCUACCACACAGUAAUUGCGAGCGAGAGUAGCAAUUUCGAGAACCUACUAACCUCGUCUGCAUCUCCGACACUCACAAGACCACCAGCUCCUCACUUCCCGCAGGCGACAUCCUCUUACACGCUGGCCACCUCUCGCAGUAUGGCGCUUUCGCCGAGAUCCAGGCCCAACUAA